GUCCUAAUUUAAACGCCGCGAGCUUCAACUUCGUUCCCAUUUGUUUUCCCGGGAAAGUUCCUGUUCGGUUGGCGAGAAAAUCAGCUUCCGCUCAAAACACAAAGGCGUUUUUGCGCGAGUGGGUCCAGCUCUAUCAUCCGAGUCCCGACACAUUUAUGAGCACGAGAUCCCGGAGUUCGAUACAGGGUUUUCGCUUCGCAGGAGUAGGGAUUUCGUGCAUGGAUCCUGCUCUCAAGUUCCUUUCGUUGUUGCUCAUCCUUCUCGGAUUAGUGCAUGCGUCUUUUGCGAAAAAUGAUUUCGAACAUUGCGAAAGAGUUGUUAGGAGUUGGGCUCACUCGUCGCUAGCUAAAGAGAUGAAACAAGAAGAUAAGCACACGCUAAGGGAUUUGCUGUUUUUCCUCCAUGUCCCUAGAACGGGAGGGCGCACUUAUUUUCACUGUUUUUUGAAAAAGUUGUACCCCAGCUCUCUGGAAUGCCCUCGCUCUUAUGAUAAGUUGCGCUUUGAUCCAAGUAAACCAAAAUGCAGGCUGUUAGUUACACAUGAUGACUAUAGCAUGACAUCCAAACUUCCAAGGGAGAGAACUUCUGUGGUUACCAUACUUAGGGAUCCAGUUGACCGCAUCUUUAGUACUUACGAAUUUUCAAUUGAGGUUGCUGCUAGAUUUUUGGUGCAUCCAAACUUGACAUCUGCAACACGGAUGGCUUUUCGCCUAAGCUCUAAGACUAAGGGAGUAAGCACACUGGAUAUCUGGCCAUGGAAGUAUCUGGUUCCAUGGAUGAGGGAAGACCUAUUUGCGAGGAGAGAUGCUAGGUAUAUUAGGGGACCAAAUGUCAUGGAGAGCAAUGAUUCUUAUGACAUGGAAGACUUUGCAAUGCCAUUACAAGAAUACAUCAAUCAUCCUGUGGCUGUGGAUAUUGUACAUAAUGGAGCCACAUUCCAGGUUGCAGGUUUGACAAACAAUUCUUAUACAGCAGAAGCACAUGAAGUGAGGCAUUGUGUACAGAAUUAUAAGAUUCUUGGAAAAUAUGUGCUACAAGUUGCGAAGAAGAGACUGGAUGAUAUGCUAUAUGUUGGUCUUACUGAGGAGCACAGAGAAUCUGCAACAAUGUUUGCAAAUGUGGUUGGUGCUCAGGUGAUAUCACAGCUUAAUACACCAAACACUAGCCUGGAUACUGCUGAUAACACAGACAGGAGCUCAUUUUCCGAUUCUGAUCCUGAUAGCAGUGAACAUCAGAAUAGCACCUCAGACAGGGGAGCAAGUGAGGUUACUUCAAGUGAAAGUGGAGAAGCAGCAGAAUCCCAUAUGACUGUUAGAGAACUCAUGAAUGCUUAUGAAGUCUGUAUUUCCAAUUUACGGAAGGCCCAAUCACGCAGACGCAUCUCUUCUUUAAAGAGGAUUUCUCCAGUGAACUUUACAAAGGAGGCACGUUUUCAGGUUCCUGAAGAGGUUCUCCAGGAGAUAAGGUCUUUUAAUGACCUUGACUUAGAGCUCUAUGAAUAUGCGAGAGCCAUUUUCUCUAAGCAACAUAAAACUUCAUUGCAGAUUACUGAGGAGAGAUGGAACAACAUAUCAAGCGGUGCAUAUGGCAUCAUCCUCUGGAAGGUCCUUACGUUAGCAAUUACUUUUUUCUUCCUCCUUUUCUUAUUCUUACUAAUUGUAAAUGCGAGAAGAAGAAGAACGUCGAAAGUUAAGAAGUGAAAAAAUUGAAUUACAAUUUCUGGGAUAACAGGGUCUAAAAGAUUUUAUUGAACAAAUAUAUUAGACCAGAUUAGCGUUCAGCCUUUGUUUGAGAGACCGAUAAUCUCAUUCC